AUGUGGUUCGGAAGCGCAGAAAGCGUUGCUUCUCCUUUCACUAUUACUUCUGUUACUGAUUGGCAAAACGACCGUUUGAUAUACUUCAAGCAAGCAGGAGGUGUGGCCUCAGUGGUCGCUCUAGCCCAAGUUGUGGGCUCAGGUGGACUUUUAUCUCUUGAAAUAAUGGUCAAAUUUGCUUGGAAGGAGUGUCAUAUAUUCAAACUUCUUCAAUUGAUGGAUCUGGUUGUAUCAAUGUAG